AUGCAAUACUCAACUGUAUUAAUCACUUUGGCUACAUUCACCACCACUUUAGUCAUGGCAGAAGGUGAAAAUGACACUUCCGUUGCCAACAGUACUACUUCAGCUGUUAAUGGUACUGCUGGCACUAAUGAUACUACUACUGCUACUUCAUCUGGUCUUGCUGGUGCUUUACAAUUGGGCACUGCUGGUACUAUUGGUGCUUUAGCUGCUGGUGCCAUUGCUUUGAUUAUUUAG